UACACCCGUUUUAGAAUGGAAAGAGAGUUAAAGAACAAAGUCGUGGUGAUUACUGGAGGAGCUCAGGGCAUAGGUCAUGCCAUUGCAGUUAAGUUCCUGAGGGAAUCCGCCAAUGUCAUUAUUUUAGACUUAAACGAACCAAAAGGAAACGAAGUAGCGAAGACGCUUGCAGCUAAAUUUGGUGACGAUCGUGUAGCAUUCAUGAAAUGUGAUGUGACAAAGGAUCUAGAUGAAGUAUCUAGCAAGAUAUUCAAGGAUUACAAACAAGUCGAUGUCCUCAUCAAUAAUGCCGGAAUCGGUAACGAGUUGGACUUACGAGCCACUCUUGAAGUUAACACCAUAGCUCUUAUAGAAUGGACAGUGAAAUUCAGGGAACAUAUGAGAACAGACAAGGGAGGUAAAGGAGGUACCAUAAUCAACAUGGCAUCAAUUUAUGGCUACGUGUGUGAUGCUUUUGUACCGUUUUACAAAACAUCAAAACACGCAGUGCUGGGCUUCACGAAGACUAUAGGUCAUGAACGUAAUUACAAGAAGACUGGUGUGAGAGUUAUGGCGAUUUGCCCUGGGUACACAAAAUCUGAGUUAACAGAUAAUAUCAAGAACAAAAAUGUAAAGAUACCUGAAGAAGACAAGGAAGAUUAUGCAGAAUAUGUUAAAACUAUGCUGUGGCAAGAAGUAGAUGAUGUUGGUAAUGCAACUGAAGAAGUGUUCCGAGUAGCUGAUAGUGGAUCAUCAUGGGCUGUUAUUGGUGGACAGCCAAUUGAAAACGUUCCUUAUACAUAUCUAUAAAACAUAAAAUAGGUAUCUUAAACCAAUAAACAUAUUGACUAGUAAUUCAUGAACUCCACCGGAAUAUAUAGUUAAUUAAGAGUAAAUAGAUCGUACCUAUUUAAUUUACGUGGUCUUUUUUGUUUAGUAAAUAGUUUGUGAAAAAAAUAAAUAUCUAGGAAACCUAACCAACAUUCUUCUCAUUCUUUAGUAUUAAACUUCUUCGGUCAACCAAUUAUUCAAUCAAAUUAUUGUUCUCGUGUGUUACCUCUUAAAAGCUAUUGACGCUGUGCAGUACUGUGAACCCGUUAGUUUUUACCUAAGAUUUACUUUUGUAUCAUUGUAUAUUUUCUUAAUUAAAUCCUUUUUAUUCUUUAUUGCAGAGUAUUAUUACUAUUAUUAUCUCGAUUCUAUAAACUAUAAGAUAUUGUUAGCUUGGGAAAAUAAGGGAACUAUUGACGUAUAUUUUUUCGUUUAUUAAGCCUACCAGGAUUUAGCAAACCAAAUACGACUAUCGUACGUGUACUGCAAUGUGACUUCUUUGCGGAUCUUAUCAGUAUUGUUAUUCAUAAAUGUUGGUAAUGCGAUAAAAAAUGAUUGUUUGCGAAACUAACUUAUAAUACAAGGUACCUAAAGCAUAAUAACCAGUUCGCUUUAAUCAAAAUCUCUCGUAUUUCAAUAAAAAACAUGUUUUCUAGUUGCUUCCAGUU